UAUGCCGAGAAGGUGGAGAGCCAGUCACCCAGGUAGAGGUCCGCUUUGUCAACCAGCUGGGCGUCCGUACGAAACCCGCAGCGGACUCUACCCGUUUGUACUCUGCAUCUCUCUAUUAUACUUUUCAGUUGCGCGCGAGAGAAAGGGCGGGCGGCCUACCCGUCCCACCUGGCGCCGCAACGAUUGUUUCUUGAUUUACCAUUGACACCUAAGUGUGUCCUUCAGGCUCUGAGAAACAUAACAGUCAAGAUAUCCCACAAGAAUGUUGGUCUUUGGUAUGCAUGUGAACAAGAUAGUAUGCGAAAAACAAGUGAGAGUGAAACGGUCAAGACGUCUUGACCAGAAAAACAAGUGAGAUAUAAAAACAGGUGAGUGAAAAACAAUUUAUAUAACCAUGGUUGCACAAUACAUUCGGGUAUUCGACGGUCAUGGGAAGCAUCACUAAUUAACACUCCUUUCAGAUAGUCUACAAAAUAUAUUGCUAAUAUUAAUACUGAUUGGACCAGCAGGAUGUGAGGGUGUGUCCCAACAACGGUGCAAGGCUGAAAACAGGAAGCUCGCUGACCAACAAUUUCACGACUUAAUUACAAGAGGGAUGCCUGCUCGCUUUCAUUUGCAUUGAUCGGUAGCGCCUACACGACUGAAGGAGCUGGAAGAACUGGUGGCCAGGAUCCGGAGGGUCCGGAAGGAUGCUGCCCGCUCCGGACCUAGUUCGAGUGGCGUGCAAGUCUCCAAGGAUGUCCGUGAAGAAGAUGUUCUUCCUAAAAAGACGGAGUCCCCGCCCAUCAAAAAGGAGGAGGAGGAGUCAGACACGCCACACAUGAAAGACGAAGAGCAGCAGGAUGGCAUCGGCAAUUUUCCAUUGACGGGCUUCACUGUGAAGGAUGAGGAAGAUGAGGGAGACCGCAGUGGAGCAUCCCAAGAAGAUGGCCUCUCAGCUCCGCUCUCAGAUAGCGAAGUCGUUACGUCACACUCAUCGGACUAUGAAGAAGAUGAUGAUGAAAUUGAUGAACGCUCCAAAGGUGAUACGACAUGUCACGCUGACAACAAAAGGAUGCGGUGCUCUCACUGUGACAGAACAUUUUACAACAAGUCGUCGUUGCUAAGACACACAAGAACGCACACUGGAGAGAAACCAUUUGCUUGCUUAGUUUGUGGUAAAAGAUUCUCUCGAAAAACAAAUUUAAAAACACACGCAAGAACACACACCGGAGACAAACCUUUUGCCUGUGCAGCUUGUGGUAAAAUAUUUGCUACAAAGGGACAUUUAAAAGAACACACAAAAACUCACACUGGAGAAAAACCUUAUGUCUGUUCAGUUUGUGGCAAAAAAUUCACGCAGAAGGGAUAUUUAAAAAUUCAUAAAAGAACACAUACUGGAGAUAAGCCGUUUGCGUGCUCAGCUUGCGAUAAAGUAUUCUCAACAAAGGCACAUUUAAAAGAACACACAAAAACACACACUGGGGAAAAACCUUUUGACUGCUCAGUUUGCGGAAAAAGAUUCUCCAUAAAGACAACUUUAAAAACACACACAAGAACACACACCGGAGAAAAACCUUUUGCCUGCUCAGUUUGUGGUAAAACAUUCUCUAUAAAGACUAAUUUAACGAGACACACUAUUGUACACGCUGCAGAAAAAAAAUUUGCCUGCUUACUUUGUGGUAAAAGAUACUCUAGGAUGGCACAUUUAAAAACGCACACAAGAACCCACGAUGGAGAAAAACCUUUUGUGUGCUCAGUUUGCGGCAAAAAGUUCAUUCAGAAAGAUGGUUUAACGAAACACAUAAGAACGCACACUGGAGAAAAACCUUUUGCAUGUUUAGUUUGUUGUAAAAGAUUCAUUCAAAAAGAUGAUUUAAUAAGACACACGAGAACACAUAGUGGAGAAAAACCUUUUGCCUGCUCAGUUUGUAGUAAAAGAUUCUCUGCUAAGGCAAAUUUGACAAGACAUACCAUUAGACACACUGUAGAAUAAACUCACAUGGUUUGGCAGCUAUGUCACAAAACCAUGUGACUUUUUGUUUACGACACCAUAUUGGUCUGCAAGCUUUGGAAGGAGACGCUUGUGCCAGCCGUGUUUGCAGUCAUCACUUUAUCGAAAGUAAGUUGAUCUAUGCAAAAGAGCUAGUAGAGUUUGUUUACAUUUUAUGAUAUGAUUUUAUUUCAUGUUUGCGGCUUUUUAAACUAAAAAUUGUAACUAUUUCACGCGGAUCUAUCUUCAGUCUGGACUCAAGACAGCGUAUACAUAAUACAAAAGCCGCGGUGAAAUAUUUGUAUGCAUCCAGACUUCUGUUGGCUUUUACUUCCACACCGCUGUAUGGGGAAGGAUUAUGUAUAAUAUCGUUGUAUAUGUCUGGAUAACAGAUGUUUGGAUGAUUGACAGUACUCAUAACAGAAAAAAACUUCUCUAUUGGUCGUCUGUAUCAAUCGCUCCUGAUUGACUUGAUCUUGUCCACAUAACGGGCCCCCGACUGCCGAUCCAGAUGUUUGGUGUUGUCGGACGGAAAAUUCAUCACGUCAUUCACUUAUGUAGGGAAAUAAGAAAAGCGUACAAAAACAAUCAAAACAUUCGGUAGCGCGUCGGGGUUCUUCUGCAGCUUGCCUUCCAAUAUGGCUGCAUAAACAAAGUCACGUGGUGCCGUGACAUCACAUGCAAAUCCUCACUACGUGCUCAGUUUGUGUUCAAAGAUCCUAUGACAAAAAAUUAUCCAGCAAAGCAACAACUCACAAUGGGGAGAAAGCUUUUGCUUGCUCAGUUUCUAGUACAGUAAACAUUUCUCUAGAAACUGACAUUUAACAAGAUAGAAAUAUACUCAUUUGAGAGAAGCUUUUUACGUGCUCAGUUCAUAUUUAAAUAUUCUAUGACAAGACAUAACAAAGCACAGAACACAUGCACACACACACGGGAGAAACCAUUUCCCUGCUCUGUUUGUGCUCAAAUUCUUUUCUGGAGAUUAAUUUUAUUAAUCUCACAUAAAAAGAGAUUACUGGAGAUAAUUUAUAUUUCUGCUCAGUUUGUCAUGAUCCAAGCCGCUUAUUCUCACAAGGGUUGCGGGAAAGCUGGAACCUAUCCCAGCUCGCUUCGGGUGAAAGGCAGACUACACCCUGAACUGGUUCCCAGUCAGACGCAGGGCUGAAAUCAACGCUAUGACUGAGCGGGAAUCGAUCCCACGCCGCCCGCACCAAAGGCAGGCGUGUGUACCACUACACCAUCAGUGAUUCUGCUCAGGUUGUGGUAAGAUAUUGCCAAAGACGGAAACUUUAUGAACAACCCGCAUUGCUGAGUAUCCAUUCAUUAGCGGUAACGUGUGUUUACGAUAAGAUUCAAUGACAGGGUUGACAUUAGGAAUGACAAGUGAGGUCGUGAGAAGAGCAGCGGUCAAUAACGCUCCAGAAAAGGCUGAGGCUGCGUUGGUUAUUUCUUCAUCAUUCCGUACUCACAAAUUACUGCAGAGCGCAACCUCGAUUUGCAAAUGACAUGCUUGACCAACAUUUUGAUGAAAAAAAAAUAACUCGGUUCUGGCAUCACUUUCAUUUUGGAAAAAGCCUGAGCCCAGACUUGGAUGGAUAAAUUGUACUUUUUCUUGGACUUCGUGUAAAUUAAACAUUGUUGCCUGUCUUUGUCUAUUAUGUGAUGCUUGUUGUUGUCUGUAGUGCUGUUUUACAACAAUCAUAAAAAUGAGAGGAUUCGAUUUGUGUGAAACCAGUAAUGAAUGACCCUGACUUCAUAUGAUUUAUGGCUCGAGUCUGGCAGAUGAAUGUCUUUGACCUUUAACCUUUACGAGGUCCACCGCCGCCGACGCAUCUUCGACAUCCGGAUUAAAUUCACCAAUGAAAGAACAAUUUAGUUAAGAUUGUUCGGUUGCAUCAACUUCUUCUCCUUCUUUUUCCUCUUCUUUGAUAGCGGGGCAUCAGAUGUUCCCAAUGUAUUAGCGCCACCUAUUGUGCGGGAGUAUUGAUCAGAGUACUGACAUUUAUUCCUCUCUAUAAAUGUAAAAUUAACGCCAUUAAUUGCCUUUGCGAGUCAAGAUAAACUUUCACUUUUGGCUAAAAGCACCUUCCCGAAGAUUAUAAUAUUAUCUUUGGAAUCUCCUGUCAAGCGCCGAUGUACAUUUGUCGCUAUUACUUCCAAUAUUUUGAAUUUCCACGGCAGUUUUUGCUUUUGAAAGGAGGCCUUUAACUUCGUUUUUGAUUGUAAUGUCAUUAAUCGACUGCAGAGGGCAGUCAUGGGAGGUCAAUAAAUCACAUUUAUCCAGAUUUGGUUCCAAAACGGAAACCUUUGGGAACACAUUGGUGUUGUUUUGGCUCGGUAGGAGUCUUCAGUGCAUCGGCUUGGUCCCCUUCUCGAUCAGGGCACCCGAAGCUAACUUUCUUUCCCGAGAGUCGAGAGGGUGGGGCUUCCCACCCAUGUUCCAGUCACCCGGUCCAUUUAGGACCCGACAGCCGGCGUCGGAA